AUGACAUGCACUGUCCAGCCUGAAACAACUGCGGCUACAGCAAACCACGGUGAGGCUGCCCAUAACAAGGUCUCAGUACUGACUGAAGUUAAAGCAUCAUCCACGGAGCCUUAUUCGGCAUUUUCCAGCGGUAAAAGACGGUUCUACAUGGGUAUUGUCACCUUUGCUGGAUUUCUUGGACCACUUUCUGGAAGCAUUUAUUUGCCACUUUUACCUCUGUUGGAAAAUGGCCAUCAUGGUGAGCUUCAUCGCUCGAGAGCAUCUGUCAAUGGUACUGUAUCGAUCUUCAUGGCGACUUUUGCGGUUGCGCCCCUUUUUUGGGCAAGCCUUGCCGAUUUUGGUGGCCGAAAAAUUCUCUAUUUGUCUUCCCUUACCAUUUUCUUUGUAGCGAAUAUAUUGCUUGUGUUUUUUUGUUUGUCAUUCGGUGCGCUAUAUCCACUGCGACUUUUCCAAGCUUUUGGCGGCGCAAGCGUCAUGUCACUCGGUGCAGGAACCAUUGUGGAUCUCGUACCGCCAAAGGAUCGCGCUUUUGCUCUUUCAAUUUUCAUGCUUGGCCCCCAGGUCGGGCCCGCUCUUGGGCCUCUACUUGGUGGCAUUAUCUCGCAGUAUGCGUAUAGAUAUGUCUUUGCUUUACUUGCCAUUUCGACCUUUGUCGCCUUUGCACUGAUCCUCCUUUGCCUUCCGGAGACCCUUAGAUACCUCGUGGGCAACGGGUCGGUCUACGAGAGUUCAACAUGGCCAGCAAAACCACGGCUUUGGCAAAAGCGGCUUGUGAAUGAUGAUAGGAAAUACCCACGGCCACCAAAGCCUAGCCCGCGAGCAUACUACAAUCUCUUGCGAUAUGUGCCUACGCUCCUAGUUUGUAUUGAUAAUGCACUGCUCUUUGGGGGCUACUAUGCUUUCACUGUGGAUUUUGCUCGUACGUUGGAACAGAAAUAUCUUUUCAAUCAGAUUCAAAUUGGUGCUUCCUUUAUUGCUCCAGCGGGUGGCAUGAUACUAGGCUCACUAAUUAGCGGGAAAUUGUCUGAUAAAAUGCGGGCAAAGUUUGUAAAGCAGAGCCAGAGUAGUGAGGCUGCUCCUGAGCGGAGGAUCCAUUCACAAAUUUUUGGCAUCUUGAUUUCAAUAGCCGGCUUUUUAAUGUACGGGUGGUUCACGAGAUUCCACAUCCACAUAUCAAGCGUGUUAAUUUCUACUAUUCUUGCUGGCUUCGGAAUGACAUGGGUGUUUGCAACAAGUUCAGCGUACUUAACUGAGUGCGCGCCUCGGCAGGCAGCAAGUCUGGUUGCCGUCAAUGGUGUCUUCCGCAACGCUGCUGCUGCCAUCUCCUCUGCUGUCGAAGGCCCAGUCGUCACAGCAAUUGGAACAGGUUGGACAUUUACGAUUGUUGCAUUGAUGUAUCUCGUUGUCGUCGGCAUCAUCAUAUAUCUCAUUCGUACAGGCGCAUCAUGGCGACGGAAAAGGGAGGAGUGGGAAAAGUCAUCUCCAUAG